AUGACUGCUGCUACUGAUUCUCUAUUUUCUAAACAAACGGCUAUUUUGGGCGGUGGAUCCGCUAUUGCACUUGUGGCAGGUCUAUUAGCGCUCAAAUAUAAUGAUCGACCACUUUUUGCCGAGGAGCGGAACGAUAUGACGCUUUUUCGGGGACAUCCCUUAAUAGGAUCUUUACUCUAUAUGAUUCGUAACAAAGCAAGACUGGUGGAUUACAUUUCCGAUGAGUUUGAGUCCAACGAUGUGACAACACUUAUGUUGCAGAUCGCUGGACGCCCACCCAGAGUCCUCACCAUUGACCCAGACAGCGUUGAGCACAUGAUGAAAGUAAAUUUUUCAAACUAUCCAAAGAGCUUACUCUUAAAACACUCCUUUGAAGAUUUGCUUGGUGAUGGAAUUUUCGCGUCGAACGGACAGACCUGGAAAUAUCAGCGUAAAACAGCGAGCCAUGUCUUUAAUGUUGCCAACUUUCGGCACUUGUUCACAGAUGUCUUUUUGAACAAACUAGACGUGGUUACAAGACAAAUAUUUGAUCGAAGCGCAGACACAAAAGAGCCUGUUGAUUUCCACGACAUCAUUCUUCGCUUUACAUUAGACUCAUUUGUUUUGCUUGGUUUCGGCGUUGAGCUUCAUGCACUGACCAACAAAGAGGGUGUCCCUUUUGCUACUUCAUUUGAUAUCUGCCAACAAAAUUGUUUCGACAGGCUGCAUUCCCCAACGACACGCAUUUGGGAAGCGUUGCAACCAAUUCUUUCACCACGUCAAGUAUCGAUCGGACAGCACUACAAAACCAUCAAAAAUUUCUCCCUUAAAAUCAUCCGAGAGCGGCGAAAACUGGUGGAGGAAGGCGGCAAAGAGUUCAAUGACAUGCUGUAUCGGUUCAUGGUGACUCCGGAUCCUAACGGUAAAAUUUUGGAAGAUCGAGAAUUGGCACACACCAUACUCAAUUUUAUCAUUGCUGGACGUGAUACGACGGCACAAGCAUUAUCUUGGACAUUUUACAAUUUGAUGCUUUAUCCUCGUGUAGAAGCCAAACUUCUAGCUGAGAUCGAAGCCCACUGGCCGAACGAAAAGACUAUGGAUUCAUCGGCCCUAUACGAGAUAGUGAAAUCGCUUACAUAUGCUCAUGCAGUACUGUUCGAAACGCUUCGUCUUUAUCCAUCUGUACCUAUUGCAUCCAAACACGCCCUUGAGGACGAUGUAUGGCCGGACGGUACAUGCGUGAAAAAAGGAGAUACUGUAGGAUGGUGUCCUUAUGCACAAGGCCGGUCAAAACGUGUUUGGGGCAAUGAUGCAAGGAUGUUCAAGCCUGAGCGAUGGAUUGAUAAUGACGGAAACCUUGUGCGGGAAUCUCAGGGAAAAUGGCCAGCUUUUAAUGGAGGGCCGCGCGUUUGUUUAGGGCAGAAUCUAGCUAUACUGGAAGCUAUUGUGGCUAUUGCAACACUUCUUCAGAGAUAUAAAUUCUCGCUUGUACCUGGUCAGGAAAUUACGUAUACCGCUUCUUUAACGCUUCCAAUGAAGAAUGGGAUGCGGGUCUGGGCCACCAGACGCUAG